GCAGCAAAGGGACAGACUGACCUUGCGGAGUCCCAUUCCUUCAGUCCCGAAUGUCUCAACCCUGACUCGCGGUAUAGCAAAACAGCAUGGUCAGGUGGAGUUAAACUACGACUGAAGAACAGACGAAGUGACCCGGUGGGCCGACCACACUCCUGGCAUCCAGCCAAGUUCAUUGAGAACCAACCCGAUCUCAGUAUGAUGCAAAUAUCUCAGGGUAUGAUUGGCAAUCCUUGGCAUCAAGCCUACCAUUCCAGUUCCUCGACGAGUGAUCUCUCCAGCUACGACCAUGGCUUUUUGAGAAGAAGCCCCGACCAGUACAGCUCCAGGGGGAGCAUGGAGAGCUUGGACCAUGCCACCGCGGGGUUCUCCCAUCACCCCUGCCACCUCUCGCCGGCCAAAUCCACCAACAGCAUCGACCAGCUCGCCCACCUCCACAGCAAGAGGGAUUCCGCCUACAGCUCCUUCUCAACCAACUCCAGCACCCCUGAAUACCCCGUCCCUGCGUUCGGCAAGGAGCGGUCCUACUCGGUGGAGAACGUGCAUUCCCGGGGCAGAUCCCAGGAGGGGGGCAUGCGGCAGGCGGACAUCAGGUACAUCAAAACCGUCUACAAUGCCCAGCGAGGAGUGUCAGAGGAAUACGAGGUGAAUUCCUCUGCUCUCUUGCCACGCACUGAGGCCCAGGCUAAAGGUUACCGCUCCAGUAGGUCGCACGGCUCUAGCAAAGGUCCCCCGACCCGCAGUUCAUCUGACGGCGAGAGCCAGUAUAUGAAGGGGCCUCCCAUGCCGCCUGCCCGAAGUGAUAGUUACGCCGCAAUAAGGCACCACGAGAGGCCCAGCUCCUGGUCUAGCCUGGAGCACAGGAAGUCCGGCAGAGUCCAUCCCAAAAGCGGCUGGCCCCACCUGGGCCCAGGCACGCCUUCUCCAGGGCCCUUCCAGAAACCCGCGUUCCUCGAAGGACAGCUCCACACCGUGGUGGAGAAGAGCCCAGAGAGCAGUCCCGUAAUGAAGCCCAAGCAGGUCUACUCCCAAGCCGCUCAACCGGGGCAGCCUUUGCUUCCUACGGGGGUUUACCCUGUACCUUCCCCCGAGCCACACUUUGCCCAGGUCCCUCCUGCUUCGGCGAGCCACAGCGGGACGCUUUAUCCAGCGCUCGCCAAAGAGAGCGGGUAUGUGCCACCCCCUGCGUCUGCUCCGGCUUCCUAUGAGAGUGCUGCUGCCCGCAGGCAGCCUUCUGGCCUGGAUGAGAAUGGAAACCACAGUGUUCCCGGCAAGGCUGCCAUCUUUUACCAGCCUGAGUACGUCUCCCCAGCGGCAGGGAAAAAGAAGGAGGUGGGGGAGAUAGCUGCCACAUUUGCCUUGUACAGAACUCAUCCCCUGGGGUACCCGACAUCUCCUACACUGGAGGAAUUAGAACCCCCUCCUGUGGCGGCACCCACAGUCCAGGAAGGCGCAAGAAAUGCACAGCACUCGAACCACAGUGCCCAGCCGUGGCAGCCUCACCUGAGGGAUGGCAGGGACAGCAGAGCCCACCACCCCACAAAGGAGUAUGGCUCAGGGGAGCAGCUAGACAGCAAGGGUGCUCACCUGCAGAAAGGUGAGGUGGAUUCCACCACCACACUGAACCAGUGGAGCUCCUCCAGUAAAGCCGAACAUGGGUUUUCCUCCUUGCAAAACAUCCCGGAAAGCACCAGGCUGCAAAACAGCAGCGAUUGGAAGGAGGCGCAGCUGUGUAAGAGGUACUCCGGUGCCAACUGGCACUUCAUAAGUUACAGCAGCCAAGAGGAGAAGGAUUGUGAGGGACCAUUUGCUGAGCACGGGCAGGAUGCAGAAUGGCAAGGCUUGGAAGCCCACCAGGACACCGCUGCUAAUGCAGAGCACAGCCAUGGUGUGGAGCCAAAGUACGAGGAACUGUCUUCUCCACAGCCACCAAAGACAUCCGACUUCAGCGUUCGGCGGCUCAGUUCCAGCAGCAGCCAAAGCUUUCAGAAUGGUCCGUAUGGCAAAAUGGAAUCCAGAAAGGCCCGGUGUUCUGUUCUGGAGAAAGUCAACAAGAUAGAGCAACGUGAACAAGGCAGCCAGUGGCCACAGAGUUUGAAUGCAAACAGUUUUGCUCAGAACUAUGGGUUUAAAAGGCUCGGCCGUAACAGUAUUGAGGACAUUCAAAAUAGACCUAUCUCUCAGGAGCGUGGUCAGUUGCCAAGUGAACAUGGCAGGCUGGCCAGCGUUAACAGCUCAGACUUGACCCCAUAUGUGCAACAACCGAGUGAGAACGAGACUGGCAAACCGGAGAGGGUUCUUUGGCCUUCUGCAGAGCAGCCAGGCAUAGCUGCACCUCCUGCUGCAGCAGUGACAGCGCAGCAGGGCCUCUACUGUGGUGGGCCCUUUGAAAAUGGUGCACAGCUACAGGCUGAGCAGCUGCAGCGGAGCAGAAGUACCUUCCAGGUGCUGGAGGAACCUGAGAAGGGGGUCUUCUGGAAGGGGACUGCUCAGGACUUGAAUGGCUCGCAGCUGGACAUCCCCUUUAACAGGGCAUACAGGAACAGGAUCAAAGAUGCCCAGUCGAGGGUUUUGAGGGCCACGUCCUUCAGGCGCAAAGACCUCAACUUUAGCCCUCCAUUUGGGAAGGAGCCCAAAAGAAGCGCACAGAGGCCGGCUUCGGCGCAUCUCGGGAUGAGGAGCCCUGCGGUGUCCCCUCAUACCCCGAAGGAGAGACACAGCAUUACGCCAACGGAGGUGAAGGUGGCUUAUACCAAUAAAGGAAAUCUUCCUGGGGCUCUGCACAUUCCCCGUAUUGGCGGUCGGAAACGCCUGACCGCCGAACAGAAAAAGAGGUCGUACUCGGAGCCAGAGAAGAUGAAUGAGGUUGGUGUAUCCGACGGUGAUCUCUCGCCCUUCUCCCGUCAGAAGAAGCUCCCCCAGUUUGUUUUUCCAGAGAACACGGUGGCAGACAGACGCAAGAUCUUCGAGAGGGAGAACAAGGCGUGCUCCACCAUCAAUCUUUCCAAGCCGGAGCUGAAGCAGCUGCAACAGAACGCCCUGGCAGAUUACAUCGAACGUAAGACUGGGAAGCGCCCGUCGUCUGCGUCCCAUGAUACCAGCCUCCUGCGGGAGGGCCCUCCAACCCCGUACCUGCAGGUGGGUGGCCAAGAUGGCCAAGCCCUUUCGUCUGCUUCCAGCAUGAAUUCCCUUCAGGACCAGAGCUUUAACCUUCGCAGGGAGUCCCUGGAGCACAUCCCGAGAGCAGGGCGGGGCUUUGCUAGUCUCCCUCCUGGGCUUACAGGCUUUUUCGAUCUUGGUGGGUUUGAGAGCAAGAAGGCGGCCCACUCAAACACCUCCUUUCCCCAUUGGCUGAAAAUAGAUCGGCAUCAUGACCACAGAGCCAAUCCGGAACUCACGAAAAGCACUCAGACAGAUCUUGACAUAUGUGCCAAGCCUUGCCAUGAUACCCAAGCCCCAGAGAAAAAGCCGGCCCUGAUCAGGAAGCCUGGGAAGUCAGCAUCUGCAGAAGACUUGCUGGAGAGAUCCGAAAACCAGGCAGUUGCUGUGCACGUCCGAUCCAGGUCAUCUCCCAUAGCUGAUAAGAAGUGCCAGGACUUGCUGAUGGGAGACAAGACUGCAUUCAGUCACUUUGUGAAAGAUCCUUUCUAUGUGGUGGAUGCUGGAAGCAGAUUAUUUGGCAGUAAAGAAAGAGGUCAGACUGGCACAUCAGCGUUCACCCAGUAUCAUCCCCACCCUCGUCCAAGUGGUGAGGGCGUUGGUAGUUCAUCUGUACUGAGUGAGAGCCAGAAGGCCCUCGAUCGUCUCAGGCACAUCAGCAGAACAUCUGCAUCCGUCUCGCCUUCAGCAGAUGCGAAGGGUCACCAUCCCGACUCAAAGAGGACGGGCAGGCCCCAUACUUCUCCCAGAUCUGGCUGGUCUAAUGCUGCUAAUGCCACACCAGCCUCACUGCAUUUUCUAGGGACUGCGGAAGGCCUCCUCACAAAAUGGCAGCCCAAACCUGAUCAGGAGGGUACAGGGCAGCCCCACGUUCUGGAGGGGGAUGAUAGUCUGCCCAAGGAACUGACAGAAGAAGCAUCUUGGAGGUGGAAGUCUGCUGUGCCUCAGAGAUGUCUCCCACCUAAAAUUAAAUGGGUCAAAGAUGCCGGCCUCCCAAAGAGCUGCACGCCUCCUCAGACAAGUGGGCAGAAAGUCUUCCAGCAGUGGCCAAACCUUCCCUCCCAAAGCAGCUCCAGUUCUGAGACAGGGACUGCUUCUGGGCCAGGAAGAUUCUCCCUCCGCAUCUCAGAAUCCUGUCUGCAGGAGUCUCCUCCGCUGACCCGUCGGGAAGAGGAGGACGACGACGACGACGUUUUCUUUAGUGAGCCACUGCCUCGUUCCGUGGGGUCUUCAUCCGAGUGCUCUCCCCCUCCCUUGCCUCCGCCUCCUGCACCGAGCCCCGGCACCACAGCAAGCACGACGGAAGGAUCACCAGCGCCUCCUGCCGCUGCGCCAGAAGCGGGCAAGCCGGCAGCAGACCAGCCCGCGCGUCCCGGAGGGGAGAGUUUUGUGAUCAGAAACCUUAAAAAGCUUCCCAGGAACUUCAGUGAGAAGGAGAAAGCAGAACCAAGCAAUACCAUCUCCAGGAACAGCUCUGCAGCGUCACCUACUGAGAGCUCAGGGUCCAAGCUGAAUGGCACUGCAUCCUCCUCAGAAGCACAGCCACCGCCUCUGGCCACACUGGGGCCAGCUGCCGAAACACCUGCCAGUCAGCCUAAAGGGCCCGUCAUUGCUAGCAGGGACUCCGAAAAUGCUGGGUGCAGCCCUGAAGGUCACACAGGGAAGACGAAGACCCCAGAGGAAAUGAAGGAAGAAGCCUUAGCUAAGGAGAUCAUCCACAAGGACAAGUCACUAGCCAGCAUCCUGGAUCCCGAUGCCAAGAUGAAGACCACCAUGGACUUGAUGGAAGGGAUAUUUCCCCGAGGGUCUUGGAUACUUAAAGAGAGCUGGAAAAGGAAAAUAUUGCAGAAAGGGACCGGAGGUUCAGUUCCAGAAGAUAACAAGAAGGACAAAGAAGCUGUUGCGACGUUGGUCUCAUGUCCAGCUUACUGCAUGUCUGUCCCCCAGCCAGAACUCCUGAACAAAGCCAAGGAUUCGCCCAGAGAAGCAGAUGGGGAUGAAGAGCAGGUGGGCAUCAAUGCAAAGAAGGCCGAGCUUAUUGAGAGCUUGUCCCGCAAGCUGGAGACUCUCCAAGAAGCCAAGCAGAACCUGCUGGCUGACAUCAAGCUGAACAAUGCCUUGGGAGAAGAAGUGGAGGCCUUGAUCAGUGGUCUAUGCAAGCCCAACGAGUUUGAAAAAUACAAGAUGUUCAUUGGAGACCUGGAUAAGGUGGUGAGCCUCUUGCUUUCGCUCUCGGGACGCCUGGCCCGGGUGGAGAAUGUCCUCAGCAGCCUCGGAGAAGAUACCAACAAUCAAGAAUGGAGCUCUCUGAAUGAAAAGCGGAAAAUGCUGGCAGGCCAGCAUGAAGAUGCCUGUGAGCUGAAGGAGAACCUCGACCGGCGAGAGCGUGUGGUCCUGAACAUUUUGUGCAAUUACCUUCCAGAGGAAAAGCUUCAGGAAUAUCAGCAUUUUGUGAAGAUGAAAUCUACUCUGCUUAUAGAACAGCGUGAGCUGGAUGACAAGAUCAAACUCGGUCAGGAGCAGCUCAAGUGCCUUGUGGAGGGCCUCCCCACGGACUUCACCCUCCAGAGCAAAACAGCGACGGAACCUCCCGCACCCUCCAGCGGAACCGGCAGUAACAGCAGGCCUCCUGCUCCAUCUUCUUUGCUCUGACCUCUCGCUCCUCCCUAAGUUUAUUUAAUCAGACAGAGCUUUUAACUUUUUAAAUUGAUGAUGAGUUUAUUUUUUUUAAUUAACAUAGGGAAAAUAAACAGCAUGGAAGCAUUUUUUUUUCCUUCUCUGUGACAUUACACUGUAACGCCUCUCUGGAUCCAUGUGGGGUUCUUGUGGGUAAAAGUGAUGCAGAAACGGGCAGCAAGUGAGGUGCAGAAGCGAACAGCAAUGGAAAGGACUGGCUUAUCUUGAAGAAUUUCAGGCUGUUCCCACGAAAGGCGUCUCGGUUCCCUCUGUGCACCGUGGAUCAUUCAAGAAUGAAGGAUAUACAGUAAUGAAGCCUUAAUUAAAAUAUUAAUGUGAUCCCCACUGUCUUGAACAAUAUCGGUAUUUAUAUUUUUUAAACCCACAAGAUAGAAUUCUGUAUAGAUUGUGUACAUAUGCUAACCAGUUAUUUGAUUCUACUUCAACAUGUAUGUAGAAAAAUGUUUUUUUGUUUUACUGAACAGAGGAAAACAGAAGAGGAACACCUUCCCACCCAUCCCGAAUGUAGCCACACACUCUAGCUUGGAGCAUGAUGAACGGUUCGCAGAAAAAGCUUCGGGUCCUUCUGCAGGGGUGCUGAUGCACACAGAAAUGCUGUCUGUGGCUGGUGCUUCGCUUGCAUCGCCCCAGACGUCGGAUGUGGAGGCAGCUGUGCCUGCAGCAGGAGGCAGAUGGGGAGCACGUCCUCCAUUCCGUUGGGUAGGAAUCCCCAGCCAUGCGCGCUGUCCAUGCGCGUACAGGCCACUGGCGCUCACUCGGCGUUCCCACACGCAACAACAUCCGGUGCGUUCCGGCGCGCAGAGGCGAAAUCUCUUCCCCUCUUUCCUGCACGGCAGGGUCCUGUGCAGGUUUGUAAGCAAGGUUCCAUGCGCAGGAUGCACCGCAGCCCCUCCACCCUGGUGCACCAGGCAGUCCCCAGCCCCAGGUGUUUAUCUCUUUCAGUACCCACUGAAUGUACCAGUAAGUGACCUUGCUGAGAAUGCUUUGCACAGCAAAAUACCGUCUUCCAGAUCUGUGAUGUGAAGUGACCACUAUUUCAACAAGCACUUGUGUGAACUAAACAACUCAGGAGUUGGUGUGAAACUGAAGCUAAGAGACUUCUCCCUUGACUCUGUCUUGAGCUCAGUGACCAUUUUAAAACAAUAAACCAGAAGGCAUGGAACCGCAUGCGGCCUGCGAGAUAUUUGAAUGACUUACUGAGGUGGUUCUUUGAAU